AUGGGGUCUUCAAAAAAAAUUCAAGAAGACCCUAAAUCAAAUGGAAAGAGGAAGAGAAGUAGAGAUGGGUCAAAGUCAUCAGGACCCAAAAAUAAAAGACCAUGUCCUAAAGAGGAACAUGGCGAGAGAAAAAAGAGUAAUGGAGAUGGGUCUAAGUCAUCAAGGCCCAAAAACAAAAGACCAUGUCCCAAAGAGGAACAUGGAGACAGAAAGAGAAGUGAAGAUGGGUCAAAACCAUCAGGGCCCAAAAAGAAAAGACCAUGUCCCGAGGAGAUACAUGGCAAAAAUGCAAAGAAAGAAUCUAAAAAAAGGAAGAGGGAAGAUAGCUCAUGUGGCUCCUUGAAAAGACCUAAAACUGGCGGAUCAAAGGCCAAGGAGGAAGAGGAGCCAAGGCCAGGACCGAGCAAUGUCCCUCAAAGCUGCCCUACAGAAGAAAACCGAAUUUCCAUCAAUAGGUUUACAUUUGGGCGAAUGAUUGGCCAAGGAGCCUAUGGAAAAGUCUUUCUAGCAUCAGACAACAUCACCAAGAAGAUGCUAGCAAUAAAAAUUGUGACCAAAGGACUUUCAGCUAAAGCAGAAAAACAGCUCCAGCUGGAAAAAAAAAUCCUUCAGCUGACAUCUGAAAGUCCUUUCUUGAAGCACUGGUGUUUUGCUAUGGAGUAUGCUUCUGGAGGAGAUCUAAGAAGCCACCUCAGAAAAAAAGAACGUCUCCCAAUCACCAGUGCCAAAUUCUAUGCAGCUGAGAUAACAUCAGGCCUCCAGUUCCUGCACACAAUGGGUUUCAUCCAUCGAGAUAUAAAACCAUCAAACAUUUUGAUUGACGCCUCAGGUCAUCUUAAAAUAGCUGACUUUGGAUUGGCCAUCAAUAAUAUGGAUGGAUUAAACAAAAAUGCAGGAACACCGGGCUACAUGGCUCCAGAGAUCAUUGCAGGGAAGAAGUACAAUGCAGCUGUUGACUGGUACUCCUUUGGCAUUGUCCUUUACCAGCUGACAACAGGAGAAAAAACCUGCAACUGCAAAGUGUCAGAAUUACCUGAACAUAAUCUUGACACUGAGACGGAGAACAUCAUUGAGGAGCUACUGUGCGAAGACCCAAGCAGACGACUGGGCAUAAAUGGCUGCAUAAGGCAACAUCCCUUCUUCCAGCAAAUAGAUUGGGGGGAUCUGGAAGAUCUUAAAAUGCCACCACCAUUCAUACCAGGCAACCCAUCAGAGAAAAACCCUGGACUCCAGGCCCCUCAGGAGUAA